UGGCUCAGCCUUGCUACCCACAUCGCGGGCAGGGCCAGCCAUGGGCAGCCGCGCGAGCUGCGAGGCCAAGGAGCUGGAUCCCGAUGCCGUCGACGCCGACAGCGUGGGCGCCGCCGCCGACGCCCACUGCCUGGCGGUGGUGGACAAGGCGCAGCUCGCGGAGGCCUGCGAGGAGUACUUCGGCCUCUUCGCUCGCAGCGGGGGCGGCUACCUGACCCUCGCCGAGCUCCGCGCGCUCGUGGCGGCGGUGUGCGCGGCGUGGUGCCUGGAGCCGCCCGGCGCCCAGGACGUGUCGCGGGCGUUCGAGCGCCAGAGGCGGGCCGCCGAGCCGGGCCUGACGCGCGAGGGCCUCGCGGCGUGCGCGGGCGGCCUCCUGGCGGCGCUGCUCGCGGCGCACCCGGGCGGCCUGGCCGCCCCGCGCGCGGAGGCCGUCCUGGCGGCGCGCGGCGAGGUCGCGGCCAGGGGGCUGCUGCACGUCGAGCUCCCGGCCAGGGAGAGGCCUCUCCGCUCCAUCGGCGUCGCGGGCGUCGCGGUGGUCGUCUCCGAGGUGCGGUGCCCGCCUGGGGAGCGCUCCGCCCUGGCCCGCGAGGAGGAGCUCUGCUGCACCGCCGUCGUCCGCCGCGAGGGCCUGCUGCUGUCCAGGCGGACAGCGCGAACGACCGCCUCGGCCUCGCGAGGCUCCCUGUCGCCUGAGGGCGGAUCACGGUGGGUGUUCCACGAGGAGCUGGCGUUCGACGACCCUGUGCUGACAGACCGCCGAGGAGCCUUGUCGUGCACGAUCCAGGUGCGGCGCCGCGUGGGGCCGAUGUGCCGGGUCCUGGCGUGCGCGGAGCAGUUGCCCGUUCCUAGUCACGGCCGCGUGGUGGCGCCGCUGGUCGACCCAGCAUCUGGCCAGCGGCAGGGCGAGGUGUGCUUCCACGCGGGGUGGCAGUGCUCCGACCAUCUGUUGCAGUACGUGGCCAGCGAUUUGGUGCGCAGGUAUGUGAAGGCCGGCAGGUGGGAUGAGGCGCGCGCGAUUCUCCAAGAUAGCGGCACCGAUGCUGCCCUGGCAGUGGCUGCUUUCCCGGACAGUGCUGGGCGCACGCUGCUGAUGUGGGCCGCUCGCGACCCGGCCGGCACAAAGCUGCUGCGCGACCUGCUGGCGCUCAGCGCGUCAGCAUGGCUCGCCAGCGACGCCCGCGGCGCCACGGCUGCGCACUACGCAGCGCUGAGCGGCAGCGUGGAGGCGCUCGCCGCGCUGCUCGGCUGUGGCCUGCUCCCCGAUGCCGCCGCUCCAGGUCUCGCUGGCGCCACGCCGCUGAUGCUGGCGGCCCUGCGCGGAUCCGAGGAGCACGUCCUCCUGCUGCUUGGGCACGGCGCGCGCGCGGACCGCCUGGGCGACCACGGCGCGUCGGCCGCCACGUGGGCGCUCUGUGGCGGCGGCAUGGGACCCCGCUGCGUUGGCGGCCCGGCGGCGGGAUGUGACGCCGUGGACAGCUGGCUGCAGGCCGCCGCGUUGCCGCUGCCGCAGGCCGGAGCCGCUCAGGUCAGCGAGGCCCAGAUCACGCGGGUGCUCGCGCUGCUCGUCCCCGAGUUGUGGAGUGCCGCACCGCCUGCGGCGCUGCCCACGGCGCCGCUGGGGGCCGCCUGCGUUGCAGACCAUGCGCUUCACCGGGUGUGGAUGAGCGUGAUGGAGGUGGCCGCCGAGCGACAGCCGGAUGAGCUGCUGAGGUGGCUGUUGUCGGACUGCAUGAAGCGCUGCUGCGAGUCGGAGGCGAUGUUCAACGAUCUCCUCAGCCGCGUGUUCGACGCGGCCCUGGUCAGGCGCAGCGAGACGCUGGCGGCGAGGCUCGUGUGCGAAAUGAGGCAACCAGAGGGCCUGACAUCCGACGGCGCUGCCACCAGCGGCCGCGGCCAGCGGGUGCUCGAGGCCGCAGUGGACGCACAGAUGCCCCGGCUGGCGCUCGCUCUGAUCCAGAGCGAGAGGCCCCCGCAACUCGGGGAGCCCGAGUGCGCCGUGCGCGUCCUCAGGCUGGCAGCGCGCGGUGGCCACGAGGGCCUCAUGCUCACGACACUCAUGAGGCUCCCCGCCGAGUGGCGACGCGACUCCUGGACCGAGCCGGCCACGCCCGGCGACGGCCAGCGCGCCAGCGAGUGCCCUGCAUGCUGCGGACCCCUCUGCGACGCCCCACGGUCGUUGCGCUUACAGCCAGAGAGCGAGGGAGACGAGCCCCCGCUGGCGUGCCCGCAUUUUGUGUGCGGCAGCUGCGUGGACCGCCUGGGCGGACGUUGCCCCCUCUGCCGCGCAGACUUCGUCGAGGCGCGAGCCCUGCCAGACCCGGCAGAGGACCCCACGUCCUGGUUCUUCUUCGCAGCAGGCCUCGCGGACCCGGCGGCGUGGGCCGUCUUCGCCGCGCGGCGGGGCGUCGGCAGCGAGGGGACGUUUCUGUCGGACCGCUCGCAGUCGCCGGGCUCCUCGGUCUUGUCCCGGAGCUCGAGCUCCGCGAGCGGCGGCGGCAACGCCCCGAGCUGGCGCCCCGAGCACGCCCGCUCGCGCGCCGCCACGCAGCCCUCCUCACUCCCCGCCACGCGCGGCACGCAGGCCGCGCCAGCCGCCGCCGCAACGCAGCCGGCAGCGGGCGGCGCCGUGGAGGCCUACAUCUCGCGGCACGACCUCGAGCGAGUAUUGGGCGCGACGCUGCCCCUCGAUCCCCAGCUCUUGUCCCGGGCCCUCGACGACGGCCUCUGGGCCCGCUGGGACGUGGACGGCGACGGCCGGGUCUCGGAGGGCGACUUCCUGGACCCAGAAGGCGGGCUGCUCCGCUGGCUCCUGCCCCACGUCUACGAGCUCAGGGCAGUUCCGCUGAGCAGUGCCACUGAGCACCAGCUGACGGCGGACCGCGUGGAGUGGUUCCGGCUCGCGGCGGGCUGCGCGCCAGGUGCCUCCCACGGGGGCCCAGAUCGCAUAGGUGGCGCGAUGUCCCGCGGCGGGGCCCUACGCGCGCUGCUGCGGCUGGCGCGCGUGUCGUCUCUGGACCACGCUCAGGUCGAGGAGGCUCGGCACUGGAUCUCACAGGGGUGGGCGCGGUGGGACCCCGAGGGCACCGGCGAGGUGCACGUGGACGCCUUCGCGCGUGAGGGCGGCAUGGCAGACGAUCUCCUGGAGCACUUGAGGUCGACUAGCGCGAGGCGCGUGACCAGAGGACUCGCCCAGGAUGGCCAGACGCCAGGGAAGCAUGUCGAGAACCUCGUCCAGCUCUGCUGCUACGCCGCGGGCCUUGGCGGUCAGCCUCACAGCGCUGGAGGUGCCGAUGGCGCCAAAGAGCAAUUGCGCUCUUGCGCUGGCCUCUGCACGGCGGCGCGCGAGUGCGCGCAGCGGCGCUGGGCCGGCAUGCCUUCCGCAGCAGACCAAACGGAGGAGUUUCUCUAUGUAGAAGCUUUACCGUUGGUGAUGACCACCAUGCGACAGCACGCCUGCCGCUGCCAGGUCGUCGGGUGGGCCUGUCGUGUACUUGUGCUCUUGGCCCUCCGCCUCUGCGAGGCGCCGGCUGCGGCGAGCCGCCCCGAUUUGUGGUCGGCCUUUGCCGAGGUGGCCUUCGACGGGCGCGGGGCCGCGGCUCUUGCAGUCAGGGCCGGCAUAGGUGGAGUAGUGGAGCUUUCCGCGCAAGUGGUGCAGCCCAUGGCUGCCCUCUGCGCAUCGCCGAGCGCGGCGGCCGACAUGGCUUUCUACGACACGGCGGCCGUCGCGGCCCUGCUGCUGCGCAUCCUGGCUGGGCCCAGCCACGCCGAGGAGGUGCUGGGCAUGUUAGCAAGACUGUCUCCGGAGGCCUCCACCCCGGCGUCCCGGACUUUUUCGUGCAUGGUGGCAUGCAUGAUGCUGUGCGACGGCCCUGGCGUUGCGCGGCAGUUGGAGGCUCUGGGGCACCACGGCCUGCCCGUUUGGUCCCCGGCGGCGGCGCUGUCGCCCUCGGGUGUGUCCAGAGGGCAGCGCGUGGAGGUGUGCUGCCGGGGCGGCUGGCACGAGGGGACCGUAGAGCGCCCUCCGCUGCAGGAGCCGUCGCAGCCCCGCGACGAGCUCUGGGUGGUGGACUGCGGGCCAGUCGG